AUGCCCCCUCCUAAAUUAAGCAAGAAAAUAAAAUCAGUCCGGGGAGUGAGACUUGCUGGAUCCUCUCACGCAUGGAGUGUCAACCUCGAUUACCCCUCAGGGUCUCAAGAAGGCACAAUCGCAUCAAUAACCCCGCACGACUCGGGAGAUGACAUCCAAGCUCCGCUCGCUUUACCGGCCUUGACUCACCCACAUAUCCAUUUGGACAAAGCAUUUGUUCAUAAUGCAAGCAAAUAUUCGCACCUCUUGCCUUGCACGGGCACUUUCCAGGAAGCCUUGUCUUUCACCACCAAAGCUAAAGAGAGCUUUACCUAUCCCGAUCUUCUGAAACGAGGGGAAUGGCUGUUAGCCGAUUCUGUUUCGUCAGGGGUUACAGCUAUGAGGGCUUUUGUUGAGGUCGAUCAUACAGUCAAGCUGGUCUGCUUGGAUGCGGCAGUUACGUUGAAGAGUCAAUGGAGCGAGGCUUGUCAUAUCCAGAUCGCCUGUUUCGCCCAGGAUCCCAUUUUCUCCAGCCAAUUUGGAGACGAAAACCGCACUCUGAUUGAAAGCGCCCUAGAGACCUAUCAGCAGAUUGAUGUACUGGGGACUACGCCAUACGUUGAAUCCAGCGUGGAGGCUUCGAAAAAGAACAUUGAGUGGGCGAUUGAUCACGCCUUACUCCUUGACAAGCAUGUCGAUUUCCAUUUAGACUAUAACCUGGAUCCCGGCAAUGAGCCCCUUAUCUGGCAUGUGUUACAAACACUUCAACAAAGAGGCUGGUCUAGUAGAUCUACGCGAAAACGCGUGAUGCUGGGACAUUGCACCCGCUUAACCCUACUCACCGACGAGGAGUGGUGCGAGAUAUCUCGCGUAAUCCAUGAGAAUGACCUCCCCGUGAGCAUCGUUGGUUUACCCACCAGCGAUUUAUACAUGGCCGCACCACUGGGCCAAGAAAGUCACCAACGGGCCCGGGGUACCCUACGAGUCCCCGAGCUGAUCCGCAAAUACGACCUAGAUGCAGUGAUCGGUGUCAACAACGUUGGAAACGCAUUUACACCGUGGGGCUCUGCCGAUCCGUUAUUUUUGGCCUGUAUCGGGGUGGGGGUUUAUCAGGCGGGGGCACAGGAUGAUGCUGGACUAUUGUAUGAAUGUGUGUCUACCCGCGCCCGAGCUGCUAUCGGUCUUUCUUGUGAUACUGGCCUUGCUGUGCAAGUGGGUAUAAGUCCGGAUCUUGUCCUUUUCCAUGAUCGAGACGAUACUGGGUGUGGAAUAUCCCGUCCACGGUCAAGUGCGGCUGAAGUGGUCUGGGAUCCACCGGCACGAAAUAGUAGGAGUAUUAUCACCAACGGAAGAGUGCAGGUCGGGGCAGGCUUGAGUAAUGAUCUGAAGUAUGAAUUUGCGUGA